AUGGGCAAUCCCUAUAAGAACCCCGAUGAAGCGAUAAGGUUUGGUUCAUCGCCUGUCGUUCACAGCUCCCUCCCAGAACUCUCAACGACAGUCAUGAUUGAUCUUCCCUCGCCCAGUUCGAUAACAGACUAUCCUAUUCUCCAUAAACGAGAAGAGGACCUCACAGAGGACCUCAAUAUCGAUGACAGCGUCACUUUGAACUACCUCUUCAUCGAUCCAGGAUGCCUCGAGGCGUCAGAAACGCCCAUGCCAAUAACCAUCCCCAGAACGUUGUUCGAAGGAAGACUGCGCCCUUGCCGUGAGGUCUUUUCUACUGAGAUUUCGAACGAGUUUGGAAUCGAGGUCGCAGCCGGAAAGGUGAAGUUUUGGAAGCCAAUGGAGAGCCUCACUGUAGACGUUCCAGCCGAUCCUACCUGGUCUGGAAUAAUAUCCGAAUUCCGAGAGACGUUUGCCCAGAUCCCCUUCACUCGGUCCCUGUCACGGGCGCUUCAGCAAACCUUUACGGACUCCGACUUGAUUCAUAUCGCUGUGACCGCUUCCUCGAUCCCAAAGAGCGACGCACAUCGGACAGACCCACCUGCAUCUGCAUCGAGGGCCGCGCCCGACGGACCGCCUGCUUACAGCUACGUACACCCAAUGAUUGCCAGAGGGGAAUACGAGACAAACGAAGGGGAGAGGCGUCGCAGCUGGAGGUCCAUCACGUACGGAGAGCGUCACUCGACGGACAUUGCCAUUACGCCUCGAUCCACGAUCCCGUCUAUCCUCCUGGGACUAAACACCAUCGACAUAGGGGCCGGACCCGACGGCUCCAUGGAAUUUUCAUCCCAUGAAUCAUCUCUCGCGUCGUCUUCAUUCCGACUCCACGUCGAUUCCUGGGGCAAGACAUCCCUGUAUAACGCGCGAAUGCACUGGUUGGUCGUCAACUCAAACCCCUCCAUCCAGAUUGGUUGCGUCGACACCGCCUUCCACAAGCCUCAGAAGACGGAUGGGGACUUCGUCCAGCGAGUUACCUUUACCCAUCCCUUCAACGCGCCUCCCAAAGUCCUUGUUGCCCUGAGCGGGUUCAGCCUGGGCGAAGGAACCGACGUCAAGAACUGGGAAAUCCGGGCCUCCGCCACGAACGUCGACAGCCGAGGCUUCACCAUCAAUAUCCACAAGGAGGGUAGAGGCCACGGCCAAAUCCACUGGCUUGCCUUUCCUGAAGGAGGAGUUCCCAACGUAACCAUGUGUUCUGGGGAUUUUCGAUUCGACUCCUCGUCGUCUGAUGGCAACAUCGAUUUUGAAUUCCCAUUCAGAAAGCCUCCUCUUGUCUUCGUCGCGCUGAACCAGUUCAAGGCGGACAAGUCCAGGAACUUGAGGAUCGAAAUCUCCACUUCCAGCGUAACUGGGCUAGGGAUGAACUGGAAGAUUAGGUCGUGGAGCAAUACGGUCCUAACCAGUGCUGCGGCGUCGUUUGUCGCAAUCGAGGACGUGGGAGAGGUCGAUGCAAAAGGGACGACUGCGUGA